CCUUACCUAUCACGGCUGGAGAGGGGGCGUGGCCUCGCUUUGCUAAGACAAACGCAGUUUAGCCAGCUAGCGAGUUAGCUUCCUGGAAAUGGCCAGCUGGGGGAAAGUUACCGCUCUCCUGAGGGGUGUCUUGAGGAGUCCUCGAUCUCUGAAAACCUUCGCACAGUACCGUACUGUCGGUCGCGGCAUUGUGGCCUCUGUAAUUGGCACCGGGGUUGUCUGUUAUUACCGGUAUCAUGUAAACAACAGGACUCUGCCCUUCGCCGUUUAUGCUAAGGAAGAAAAAGAAGAUGCAGCUCCCCAGAUGUCUGCAAGGAAAAUCCGCUUCAUCCAGUUUGCCUCAGUCAUCCAUGAAGAGGAGCCCUACAUGACCCCCAGAGACUUCCUAUUCUCUGUGAUGCUGGAGAAAGUUGAUCGAAAGCUGCAAAAGAAAAUUUUAACCAAACAGGAUGUGAACGGUAUGCUGGUGGCUGCCUCUAAAGCUCGUGCUGGUAAUGAUCUCUUCAGAAACUUGGGAGACAAAGGUUUGAUAUCCUACACAGAGUAUCUGUUCCUGCUGUCCAUCCUGACCAAGCCGCGCACUGGAUUUGAUAUAGCCUUCAAAAUGCUCGACAUUGAUGGCAACGAGCAUGUGGACAAAAAGGAGUUUUUGAAACUCAAGAAAAUCAUGGGAAAAACUAAACUGCGAGCCCCGAUAGAUACUACAGAGAAAACCACAGAAGAAGGAGAAGGUGUGAACACAACACUACAGGCCUACUUCUUUGGAAGGAAAGGGGACAACAAGUUGCAGUAUAAGGACUUCUGCCGGUUCAUGGAGGACCUACAGGCUGAAGUCCAGGAGAUGGAGUUUCUGCAGUUUUCCAAAGGUAUGGACACCAUGCGGAGGGAAGACUUUGCAGAAUGGCUGCUACACUACACCAACGAAGAAGACAAUGAAGUCUACUGGGAAAACAUGAGGAAGAAGAUACCUGCGGGUCAGAGUAUCGCAUUCGAUGAGUUCAAAGCCUUCUGCCUGUUCACCAACAACCUGGAAGAUUUUGCCUUCUCAAUGAAAAUGGUCACAGAAGCCAACCGUCCUGUGGGCAUGGCCCAGUUCAAGCGAGCUGUGAUGAUUGCCACAGGCCACGAACUGUCCGAGAACGUGCUGGACACCGUGUUUAAGCUUUUCGACAUAGAUGGAGACAACUGCCUGAGCCACAAGGAGUUCAUUGGUGUGAUGAAUGACCGAGUACUGCGGGGUCUAAAGGUGCAGCCUCAAAAUGGCAUCUCUGGCUACUGGAAGUGUGUGAAGCGGGAGACCCUGAAGGCAGCCCAGGAGGCCCUGGUAGACGGCGGGUGUCCCAUCUGAAGCACUGAUAUGCACCGUGAUCAUGCUCACCACUUCUGUCUUUUCUUCAGUUGUAUGAAUGAAAUGAAUAACUGCAUGUAAAUGAAUAUAGGUUUAUACCACUGUCUUUGUAAAAGUAUGUUUACAGCUAAACACAUUUUGGUUUGAUAUUAGUUAAAGCUCUUUGGGUUUGCUUGUGGUGUUUACAAUAUUACAUAUAAUUGUUUGGUCAAGCAUUUUAUCCUGUAUGGCUGAUCACUAUUAAACAUUCACAUGCACUUAAGGAGCAGGACUGCAGUCAACAUUUCCUGUAAAAGUGACUUAUUCAUGAAAGUGAGAAUCCUGGUUGCACUGAACAGUGUAACAGAUUAGAGGAUCCUGCCAUGAAUACACACAUUUCACAUUUCAAAUUUUUACCAGUGCCAAGAAGCUGGCUUGGUUUUUACAUAUACUUUUUUUUUUACUCCUGAGCAUUAAUGUGGUUACCAGAGAUCAGUCAUGUGAGUCAAUAGUGGGUAAACAGCAGUCUGGCAUAAAUCACUUCCUAAAUGACAGACAUGUGUAAUCUGUCUAAUGUCACAUUCUCAACAUGCUAAAUAGCAGCAACUAUUUAUUUGUUGUGACUGCUCAUGCUGUUGUUUACCGGCGACUCACCAAAGCAUUUUACAGCUGAGUGCGCACAUCUCGAAAUGAAUGUCGGGCCUCCCACUUUCAACAGUAACAGAGCAGCUGCUAUUUACUUAAAUUCUGGAGUAACCAGCGGGGUGUACUGUGAAGUUAAUGGUUUAGCUAUGUUGAAACUCCGUUUUGUGUCACAUAAAUGGCUUUUUUACCUGGCUAAAUCAGCAAGGUGUUUGGAGUUUCCAUAUGAAAUGGGUUGGAAGCCAAUAUUACAGUAUGUAUUAAGCACAAUAUAGAACGUCUGCUGGAAAAUGUUUUAUAUACGCAAAUUGUUGUACCUAACUAAAACCACUCAAUGAAGCAUAAACUAUGCAUUCCAUUGUCAUGGGAAUGCGCAUGUAUUAAUUUGGAGAUUCAGAAAACAUGUUUUGUUUACGGUAUAUACUUCACUACUUUGAUAUUAAAAUGUAUACACUUUAAAGCUCCAGCUGUCACCUUAGAAACGAACAGCACCAAAGAGCACACUUGGCAAUUACAAUUAUUAGCUUAAAUGGAAAUGUUUUACCGCAUCUAUGCACUGAAUUACCAGCAGUGUUUUAGUUUUUAUAUUCUUUAUAGAUUUUAAACAACCACUGUAUUAUUGGCUGAUAAUGUCUCUGUCACUCAGCGAUCAUUUUGUGGGGAAGAACAAUCACAUGGUACGUAAAACACCCCCUUUUCUAUGUGUGUGCCCACAGACCCUGAAGCAGAAAGCACAGCCCAACAGAUAAUACCACCAUUGUGGUACCCAAAAGCCUGGACGUGUUGAAUUUUAUUUGUAGUACACCCCUCAGGCUGUUCAUACUACUGCAGCCAGGUCACCUAAGUGCAUGUAAAUACACAUUGUUCAGUGUGUUUACAACCCUGCUAAUAGUGGUUUGUGGAAAAGAUUCUAAUCAUGCCAGGGAGCUGGUGUGGGAUUUCCAUAUUUUUCUGUCAAAAAUAUUUAUCUAAUAAAAUUUUAUAUAAAUGCACAACUGAGGCUUCCAAGGGUCAUAGGUAGAAAAGCGGCAAAGUGACUAAGUUUUAACUACAUUGUCAUUUAUUGUAGAAUUGACCUGUUAGGAUCACAUGAGUAUGUGGGUUAACCAUUGAAGAUUGUGAUGCUAAUAAUUUUACCAUACAUAGAAUUUAAAAAGUAAAUAGACAAAACAAGCUUACUUGCAUUUGCAUGAUAGAAGAACUAAUUAGUGACUGAUGCCAGGGUUAUCAGUGAAUACAGCAUACACAGCUACAAUACAAUAAAAUUACAUUGAGCAUGAA